AUGAGCUUAGUUGACACCGAGGUCCCGAAAUUGAAGGAUCGGGCAAUGUGGUCGAAAAAGGACAACAUUACGUUGUCUACGAAUGGUGGGCGAGGCGUAGGCGAGGCGUCGGUUGAUCAGGGACUAUGGACAUACAAUAUUGCAGAUGAAUCAUGGCAGUUGCAGCAGACGAGUAUUAAGCCAGUGCGACUACAAGGAGGAGCGUACGCCGAUGCGCCCCAAGUCCAAGCUGCAUAUUGGGUAGGGUUUAUCAAGACAGCGAUACUACGCCCGCCAACACCGAUAUAUACGACGGGGAUGAUUCAGUUCAACACAACAACAGGAACAUUUACACAGUUUGAUGCACCGUUUACCCCUGUGCAGCGGGGAGCACUGGUAUGUGUUCCCGUCGGAGAAAAGGGAGCCCUAGUUUUCGUGGGAGGAGAAGUUCCGUCUGUCCAGAAGGGGAUCAAUGCAACUCUGACUCCUAACCACUGGAAUUAUGCAUGGGUCUACGAUAUCGCAGGGAGCAAGUGGUACAAUCAAACCACUGCCGGCAGCGUGGCAUCCAGAACAGGAUUUUGUGCUGUCGUCGAACAAGAUCUCUCUACGUGGUCGUACCAAAUCUAUGUGAUUGGAGGAGCGGACUACUCGUCAAAGAAGUCGCUUACUGACGUACUAUCGACAUAUUCCGUCCCCCCCGCAACAGCCGAUGACAUCAAAUCCUCGCCCUAUCCAUCAAUAUGGGCUGAUACAGCUUCGAAAUCACUUUUUGUACAGAGAACCCAGGGUACCAUCAACUCCGCGGAUGACACAUCAAGCAACAAGGGUGAUUCACCAACCAACCUCGGGGCGAUAGUAGGUGGUGUGGUCGGUGUUGUUGCCGGUGGUGUUGCCGAGAAUGCACCGGUGGUAAUGGGAGGUGAAAUGCCAGCUGAGGCGCCGCGGCGGGAGUUAGAUGCACGCAGCAAUACGCGCAGUGAAUUACGAGCGAACGAGAGGUUUGCCUACGGACUAGAUGGAGAUCGAAUAUCGGGUGUAUAA